AAUGGCGCUGGAGCGCGUGCUGGAGAAUUAACGCAGAGGACACGGGGAGCGUGGAGACGCGACACUCCGUGGUCUGCCCCCGUCUCCACGCAGGUUGCGAAAGUUUAUGCUGAGAAGCUGGGCCGAGUUAAGAUUGUGUAGGCCCCUCGGCUACAGGUGUGUGGCUGUGUCUCACCGGGACCCCCACAACCCACAGCAGCUGAACAAAUCGGAGUCCCCGUCAACCCACGAGAAGGGGGAUUGGGAGGGGGGCUUAUCCCGUUGGGGGUGGAGGGGAAGAGGACCAAUGGGGAACGGCAGCGUGAAGACGCAUCCCCUGCGUGACCCCGACGCGGCCUCCAUGGCCCCCUCUGGACCCCCCCCGCCGCCGCCCCCCACGGGGGGGCCCGGGAGCCCACAGGGGACGCUGCUGCGUGCCGAGCUGCGACAAAGAGAGGCACAGGUGCGGGACCUAGAGGUGCGAGUCCUGGGGUUGGAGGCCGAGCUCAGACACCGUACGGUACAGGUGCGCAAGUUGCAGGAGGCGAUCGGCCACGCGUCCGGGGCCCCGACAGGUCCCCUCGGACCCCCGUCAUUGCUCCCGGGGUCGGGUUGCCUCCCCAGCCUCCUGCACGCGGUACAGAGGGAGCCGGGCCCCCGGCCGCUGGCCAAAGCCGGAGUCUCGGCGGAGCCGGCGUCCAGUUCCAGCCUCCCGCGGCAGCAGCUGGGGGGCGCCGCUUGCUGGGCCCGCGUCCACAAGAACCCCUGCUCGCAGAGGCUCAUCAAAGCCGCUCUGGCCAAGAACGAGUUCCUGCGGCGGCUGGAGGACGGGCGUGUGACCCGCAUGGUGGAGUGCAUGUACGAGCGCGCGUACUCGCCCGAGCAGGCCGUCGUCCGGGAGGGCGAGGCGGGCAACCACCUGUACGUCCUCGCAGAGGGUGUGGUGGAGAUGCAGCAGAGGGGCACCUGCCUGGGCCACAUGCACCCCGGCACCGUGUUUGGGGAGCUGGCCAUCCUCUACAACUGCAAGCGCACCGCCACUGUCAAAGCGGUGACGGCGGUGCGCGUCUGGGUGCUCGACCGCCUCACGUUCCAGGCGAUCGUCAUCCGGGAGGAGCAGGCGCGGCACCAGGAGCACGUGUGCUUCCUGCGCAGCGUGUCUCUGCUCAGACAGCUGCCCGAAGAGAAGCUCGCACGCAUCGUGGACUGCAUGGAGGUGGAGAGCUACGUCAAGGGCGAGUACAUCAUCCGACAGGGCGAGGAGGGAAGCACUUUCUUCAUCAUUGCCCGUGGCUCGGUGCGAGUGACGCAGGCCGAGGAGGGACGCGACGAGCCGCGGGACAUUGAGGUGUUGGGGGUGGGACGGUACUUUGGGGAGAAGGCCCUCAUCAGCGAAGACGUCCGCUCGGCGAACAUCAUCGCGGCGGAUGACGCGGUCGAAUGCCUCGUCAUCGACCACCAGACGUUUGUGCAGACGGUGGGGACGAUGGAGGAGCUGCAGGAGUACGUGGCCCUGCUGGCGCAGAGAGACCAGCAGCGGAGUGCCCAGCGACCCCAGUCCCAGCUGAGCCCGGCCACUCUGGACGAGGAGACGACGCGGCUCAUGGAGCUGCUCUCCGCCCUGCCGACCUCUGACCCCCGCACCCACAUGGACGUCAUCGCCACCCUCGGCGUCGGCGGGUUCGGCCGCGUGCAGCUGGUGAAGCUGAAGGAGAGCGACGUGACGUUCGCGCUCAAGUGUCUGAAGAAGAAGUUUGUGGUGGAGUCGAAGCAGCAGGAGCACGUGUACUCGGAGAAGCGCAUCCUGCAGGAGUGCAGCUCCCCCUUCAUCGUGCGGUUCUACCGCACGUUCCGCGACCAGAAGUUCGUGUUCCUGCUCAUGGAGGCGUGUCUCGGCGGUGAGCUGUGGAGCGUACUGCGGGACAGCGGCGGGUUCCAGGAGGUGAGUGCGCGGUUCUGCGUGGCGUGUGUGGUGGAGGCGCUGGCGUAUCUGCACGCGCGCGGGAUCCUCUACCGCGACCUCAAGCCCGAGAACCUGCUCCUCGACGCGCGAGGCUACGUCAAGAUGGCAGACUUCGGCUUUGCCAAGAAGCUGGCUUGCGGGCGCAAGGCGUGGACGUUCUGUGGCACGCCCGAGUACGUGUGCCCAGAGAUGAUCGUGAACCGGGGACACGACCGCGGCGCCGACUGCUGGGCGCUGGGGGUACUCGUCUACGAGCUGCUCGCCGGCGUUCCCCCGUUCUCAGGCACGGACCCCAUGAAGACGUACAACGCCAUCCUGUGGGGCAUGGAGAGGGUGCACUUCCCCAAUGAGGUGGGGAAGAGGGCCGAGGACAUCAUCCGCAGGCUGUGCAGACAGAACCCGUCGGAGAGACUGGGAAACCAAAAGCACGGCGUAGGGGACGUGAGGAAGCACAAGUGGUUCCAGGGGUUUGACUGGGAAGGCCUCCGAGCUAAUCAGCUGGCCUCCCCGCUAAAGAGAGAGGUGUCAGGGCCCACAGACUUCAAGAACUUUGACUGGUUUCCAGAAGAUCUGGACGUACCCCCAGAUGAAACAUCGGGCUGGGAUCAUGACUUCUGACCUCAGGAUCGUGUCCAACUCACACAAACGUUGCGCACACGCUCGCAUUACCGCCAUGCGCAGCAUCAGAUCGAGGGCAAUGUGACCUGGUCUGAUGGGUUUUUUUUCCAACCUUCAACCUUUGCUCGGUGCGAAGUCAUUCAUUCUCCUCCUCCUGCCUCUAUUGUCUGUAACUUCCUUCCCCCAGAAAUGCAUGCUGUCAACACUCUGCCUAUGACUGACUGCCAUUGUCCAUAAAAUAAAUAUGCAGUGUUUUUGUACAGCGGGUUCAUAUGCAGUCACAUUUAAAUGCUAUAAAAUCCAAGUUAUAUUUUUAUGUAAAUAAACUAAACUCAAAAGUGCCCCAUUUGUUAAAGUGGAGUUCACAAAAGAGCACAAUUAUUUAAGAGGUUUUUUUUCUGAAUCACAUUCCACAACGGCUUACGUAAACGUCCAAUUAGUCACAAACUCGCCGAAUAUCUCGCAGCCCUCAACACGAUGGGCGCGCACACCCCCAGAGACGGCACCGCGUUCCACGUCUCCCAGGCCAAUGUGACAACAUGAAAUGGCCCCCAUGGAAAUUCGUGACAGAGCAUUUCUGUCAAAGUGCCAUCCAUACUCUCUUUGCCAAUGAAGACCGAUGCCAAUGUUGCCAUUUGCCCAGGACUUGCCAAGAACACCAUGCCAUUUGGAUACCAUCUAUGCCAUUGAGAUUGUUACGCCACCAUCCGAACAAACGCACAGUUUGUCGUUGUAUAAUCUCGUACAUUUGUUCAGUAAAACAUUCCGUAACGAGCUGUCCCAGUUUGUGGAAUGUUGUCGCUGUGUAGUGUCCGCUGUAUGGUCCUCUUUGAUGUAAUACUUUGUUUCUGCUGGCGGUGCAAGUUUUAUAAUCUCUGUACAUUCCCCUGGGUGAGAAUGAGAUUUACAAUUAGAAUAUACUGUACUGCGCGGUGCUGUGUAAGCUCCCGUUCUUUGUGCCAUCGUCAGACGCUAUGGGGUUGUCAUCGUUUCACUGUCAACAAAACGCCGCGUUUCAUCUGUACUGUGAAUGUAUUUAUGAUUUUUUUUGUCAAGCUAUUUCAUACGUGGAAAUUCAUAAUAAAAUGUCAUCUAAGUCAAGCAUAUGUUGCCAUAUUUUCCAGAUGUUAGCGAACUCAAAGGAUUUAUGAUUUUUUUUGUCAAGCUAUUUCAUAAGUGGAAAUUCAUAAUAAACUAUCAUCUAAAUCAAGCAUAUGUUGCCAUAUUUUUCCAGAUGUUAGCGAACUCAAAGGAGAUUUUUAUAAAAAGCUGUGUCAGGUAAAGGGUGCAUUAUCGAUCGCUACAUUCCAUUAAACGUGCAACAUUGACCCACCAUUUGAUGUUUACUGGGGUACUUGUUUUCUGAGAAAGAUAUGGAUGACCACAUUAGUUAGGCAAUUAUAUUCACCUAUUCCCCCGCAGAUUCCAAGGAUUAUACAUUUUAAUUCAUGAUGCAAUUCAAUGUUUUUUUAUAUCUCCCCUUUGUAGUCAUUUGUGUCUCCAGUGCUGUAAAUUAUUCCAACAACUCGCCAAAA